GUGUUGGGCAUGUGGAAAAUAUUGCACCUUCAUGUACUUUAAAGCCAAGAUAGAUUUAUUACCCUCAAAACUGACCCUUUUAGCACUAAUCUAUAUAUCUGUAUCUAUAUUAUAUAUAACUUAAUAUCUCAUGUCAUAUUUUAUCUAUAAACAUCAAGUACUAUUCAGAAGCUGAUAGAACCCAUAAAUCAUGAGCAAGAUCCUCUUCAUUUCUUUUCUUGCUCUGUCAUUGGUUUAUGGAGCUGUGGAAAGCAGUUUGUCUGACUCCUCUGACAUGCAUAAGGUUAAGAGUAAAGAAAUAGAACACGAUGAAGUAGAGUUGUGGGACUUACCAUCAUGGUCAAGUGAACGUGGUAUCAAGGUUCUCAUGAAUGUUGAUAGCUUUGGUGCAGUUGGAGAUGGAGUUUCUGAUGACACAAAGGCCUUCGAAAAUGCAUGGAAGCAAGCAUGCUCUACAGCAGAAGCGGUACUUUUGGUUCCUCCAGAUCGCACUUAUCUUGUUAAUGCAACAAGAUUUAAAGGACCUUGUGCUGAAAACUUAAUUGUUCAGAUUGAUGGAACAAUUGUAGCACCAGAUGACCCCAAAAAGUGGGAUCCUAGAAACCCUCGGAAUUGGCUCUACUUUUCUAAUCUCAAGGGAGUCCUUUUCCAAGGACAUGGAAUUAUCGAUGGAUCAGGCAAGAAAUGGUGGGCUGCUUCUUGCAAAAAGAACAAGACAAAUCCUUGUGUCGGAGCUCCCACGGCAUUAACAAUUGAUCAAAGCUCAUCUAUAGAGGUGAAUGGCCUUACUAUCCAGAACAGCCAACAGAUGCACUUUGCUAUCUCGCGAUCUCAAUCUGUUCGCAUCUUCAAUGUCGUAGUCUCUGCUCCUGAAGACAGUCCAAACACUGAUGGAAUCCAUCUUACUGCAUCAACAAAUGUAGUCAUUCAGAACAGUAAAAUUGGAACAGGUGACGAUUGCAUCUCAAUCGUGAGUGGUUGCUCUAACAUCAAGAUGAAGACGAUAUAUUGUGGGCCUGGUCAUGGAAUCAGUAUCGGAAGCCUGGGAAAAGACAACUCUACAGGCUUUGUCACAGCAGUAGUCCUGGAUACAGCAUUCCUCAGAGGCACCACAAAUGGCCUCAGGAUUAAGACAUGGCAGGGCGGAUCUGGUUACGUUAGAGCUGUAAGCUACCAGAACGUUAGAAUGGACGAUGUGGCCAACCCCAUCAUUAUCGAUCAAUUCUAUUGCGAUUCACCUAAAAGUUGUCGGAAUCAGACAUCGGCUGUAGAGAUAAGCCAAAUUAUAUAUCAGAACAUCAGCGGCACGUCAAAGAGUCCAAAGGCAAUGAGGUUUGCGUGCAGCGACACAGUUCCCUGCAACCACAUCGUUCUCAAUAACAUCAACUUAGCCAGAAACGAUGGAAAACCAGCUGAAACUUUCUGCAAUUCCGCUAACGGCUUUAACUAUGGCUAUGUUCAACCGUCUGCCGAUUGUUUGACACCCUCUAACGACGUGUCGUUCAUCAAACCACCCAAAGAAAAUGAAGUCGAGCAAGAUUACUUGAUUCACAAUGAACUUUAGUUUGUUUCCUUGAUUCCUAGUUAUUCUAGAGAUCGCCUCGAGAUAGUAUUUGAACAUUAUCCGAGCAUUCUAGUGUCGUGUGAGCGUAUCGGGUAUUUAUUUCGAGUUUUACCGAGUAUACAUAGAUCUUAUAUGGAACGUAAUGUUUUAGCCUUG